AUGAUAACCGCAUUUUAAGAUAAAAGAAGAUUUAUGCCUGGAGAUUUCCGUUUUCAUUUUGAGAAGAAUUAAAAGUUCUCAGAAAAAGAAUCAAAGUUCUUUAGUGAAGGUAUUAUAAUUGCACUAGAAUAUUUGCAUUAUUAAGGUGAUAUCCAUAGAGAUUUGAAAUCUGAAAACUUUAUGUUCGAUUCUGAAGGCUACUUCAUAUUGAAAGUUUUCACAAUCACAUCCAUCUGGAGUCCUAAUAACUCAUCAGAUACAAGUGGAACUGCAAAAUAAGUGUAAAUUAAAAGAUCUGAAAUUCCUGUUUCUUGGUCUUUAGAGCCUGCAGAUUUGGAGAAUCAAUUGAUCCAACGAAAGCCAUCCCAAAGAUUUGGAUCAAAUAAUCCAGAAGCUAUAAAAAAUCAUCCAAGGUUGAGAGGAUUCGAGUGGAAUAAAUUAUUCCAUAAGGAAUUGCAACCACCUUACAUUCAUCUUAGUUCAAGCAAUUGA